CUUUGGCUGCCUCCCAUUCUCAGAUAUUUAAUGCUUGGUUGCCUUUUACCAGUUUUCAUCUGGGGACUAGUAACAAUGCAGUUGAGUACUACGGGGCCGCAGGGACGGACUGACAAUUCAUGUUGCCCCCAGGCAAUAAGGGAUCAUAGGGCCCCUGUGUUCUUGCCCAAACUCAAAAAAAACCUAUGAAAAAGGUACCAGGGGCAUCUCAUGGGGCCCCCUACUGACCACAGGCCCUCGGGCAGUGCCCGAGUUUCCAAAUGGUCAGUCCGCCCCUG